UAUCAAAAGUUAUUCAAUUUACAGUCAGGUACAUUCUAUUUUGAAACAGAUAGUAGUUUUACUUUUAGAUUUAGACAAAUCUCAUUUUUCUAUAGAUUUCAUAGUUCAAAAUUCCUUUCAUUGAGAAACACUAAUCUGAUGGGUUGAUUCCAUACAAAAAAUCUUCCACAAUAAGACCGUUGUUCUGCUCUUAAAUAUUUCUAAAAACAAAACAUAAAUCUGUCGCAACGAAUUAACAACAUUUGAACGAUUCCUUUUUUUUUUUUAUUGAACAUUAUUCUAGAGAUAUUCAUCCAAAUUCAUCAUUACCAAUACAAUCUAAUGAUGCUGUUAUUGAAGCAUUUUAUAAGAAUCGAUUUGAUUAUCUUCUUCGAAAUCCAUCUAAGGCUCGUGAUGAAAUAACUUUAUUUGCUCGUCGAGUUGGUGAACUUGUUCAUGAACGUUUACCACGUUUAUCUCGUGUUCCACAUCGUGUUGAUAUUAGUGAUCAACGUGAAUCAAAAGGAAAUAUUGAUGAACGUACAUUAUUACAAAUGAAACAUAAACAUACAUUAUCAUUAAUAGCACAACGUCGUCAAUUAGUAAAAAAAAUGAUGAUACAAACAAAAAAAAAUCAAAUUAAAAUGGAAAAAUUAAAUAUAAAAAUACCAUUAAAAUUAAAUAAUUCAUCUUGUUUUCGAGAAUUAUUUGAACGAACAACUAUAGAAGAACAAUGA